AUGGAAUCCGAAACAGCCAUCGCCGCUGAGAACUCUCAGAAUAAGCGCGUGCUAUUGCCCGACGAUAUCAUCAGCGAGAUAUACUACGUUCUCGCCCAGCUUCAUCCUCCUCGCCUGUCCCGACUCAGAGGAGUCGAUUGGCGCGCUGAACCUGGGGCACUCGGCUGGAUUGUUUUGACACACGUCAAUCACCAGUGGAGGAUAGUGGGACUGGAUAUGUCUGUGCUCUGGGCCGGGAUCGUCUGCAUGUUCCCUCGCGGUCUCGAGACCAUAUGCCAGAGAGCCAAAUCCACCCCCCUCACCCUCGACUUCGCGCGAAACACAGCUCCGGGUGAGGUCUGGGACGCCCUCGCAAAUGCCGUUGAUCGGGCUCGAGUCAUCAUAAAUCUGAACGACAAUGAAUUCGAAAUGGGCACGCGAAAACCCGAACGCGAUUGGUCUACCAUCUUCUCCAAUCGAUCCUUUCCCUACCUUGAACACCUCUCGGUCAUCUUCUCACGGCUCACGGACCCGGGAAGUGCCCAGUCCAGCUUCGCCCAAAUGCCAGCUCUGAGAAGUCUCAGCACCAACUUGCCACUGGCCAUUACCGCUCACUCGCUGACCAUCCUCAACGCUGCUGGAUGUGUAUGGCGUGUGAAUAUGUUACUUGAAUCUCUCAGUGUAUUGAAAAGUUUGGAAGAAUUGACCAUUGGGUCCCUCUACAAUGAUGUCAAGGCCGAUCCUCUUUGGGGCCCACUCAAAGAAACUCUUGAGACGGUGGGACGCAUAGAGCUCCGGACCCUUGGCCCCAAGACGGUGGACCUACUCAAACUUUCGAGCUUGACUUUUUCGAAUGCAGAUUUGCAAGCCUGCCGACUCCUUCAUUACAUCAACGCGCCUCUAUGCUCCAAGCUCCAGACAGGAUCCGUUAGAUCUCAGCUCGCCCUUUCAGGCCUGCUCGCGCGCCUUGACAAGUGCGCCGUGCCAAAGGAGGCCCUGUCUAUCGUUGACUUUGCCGUUUACCAUGACGAGGAAAUUCUGGACGUGUACUUUACGGAGACGACACCAUAUUGUGAUAUGGACUUCGACGAGCAUCCAUUCACUCGUGGUGUACAUCUUGAAUACGACGUCGAACACGAUAGCAAUGCGCUUCUCUUCGUGUUGGGAGCCAUCUCAUUUCCUCGAACAAUACGUACGAUCGCACUUGAACACGUAUGCGCAGACAUGUGCAGCGGCUGCCGGUGGCAGCAAUGCGGCGGCGUCAUGAAGCAAGAAGAUCCCCACGCACUGACCGCCGCCCUUCUUCGCUUCCGCAACGUGGAAACACUUUAUUUGAUCGGCUCAGAAAACAGCACUCAUGUCCACACUCUACUAGGACCAAAUGCACCAGACAACAGAUGGAUCUUCCCCGCUUUGCGCGAGCUCAUUAUCACCGUGAACUUCCCCACCUCGGGGGCAUGGUGGUCUAACCUGGAGUCGGCUCUCCUUGCGCGCCAAAUGGCGGGCAUGCCUCUCAGUCGUCUGGUCGUACGAGGUCCGGGUGCCUGUCAUGUGUACGUGCCGGGCACGGGCGCAGAGCAAGCAGCUGUGAUUAAGACUGUCACGAAGGAUUUGAAAGGAAACGAUGCGCUGAAGGUUUGGUUGCGCCAUUGCGAGGUGAUUCUUGGGAGGGAGGAGCAGUUGACGCUCGAGAUCGUUGACGAGCGCGACCUCGGUAAUUGCGGUUGUGCUAGAAGGAUAGUAAAACGGGAGUAUACAUGGGACUACCGCGAAGUCCAGCAGAUGUUCGUAUAG